AUGAAACUGACCUCCGUGGCCCUGGUGUGCCUGCUGCUGGCUGCAACAUGGCCUCAAGACGUGGACAGCAAGAGCAUGCACGUCUCUUCCUCCCGAUGCUGCUUCUCAUUUGCGCAGAAAAGGAUUUCCCAGAAGACAAUCCAGUGUUACAGAGAAACCAGCUCCACCUGUGCUUACCAGGCUGCAAUUUUCAAGCUGAAGGGAGGCAGAGAGAGCUGUGCCUUGAAGAAGGAGAGAUGGGUUCAGGAUUACUUGGGAAAAGUGAAACCCUGCCUGCUGGUGUGA